AAUUACUGCUGCCUGGUACUACUGCUUAACAGAGUAGGCCUGGUAAAGUUACGCAAGUUGUUCAUUGAUGAAUGGAAUUCUCUUGGUGGGUUUGUUCCAUGGACUGACAGUCAUCAGAAUGGUGUGGACUUGCUGACAAAGUACAUCCCAAGGCCAGCUUAUGAAAUACCUAAAGUCCAGUCAGGGGACACUACAAAGUGGGAUAUAUCUCUGUUUGUCAAAGUGCUGUUGAAUUCCAGACCUCCAUUUGUGGACAUGACCAACAGAGCUUUAGUUGAUGGCUUAAGAUAUUUGAAAGAAACAAGAAACAAGCUUUGUCAUUCUGGAAGUGGGAGGAUUACACCAGCAGAGUUUACCCCACUUUACAAUGAUGUAUCUAAUGUGUUAUUGUUAGUUGGUGCCUCACCACAAGAAAUUCAAAAGGUUGAGGACGAUGUACUUAAGCUGGAAUGGAAUGAACUGUUAUUGCUGGUUAAGGAGUGUUCAGAUCAAGACAAAGAUAUCCUACAAGGAAUUGAUAUAAUAAAGAAAAGAGUGAAUGAGAUAUGGCAAAGCCAGCAACAAUCACAAAAAGCACAAAAGAAGUUACUAGAAGGUCAAUCUAGUUUGAAGCGAGAAGUUGAUGUCUUAAAUCAAGGUCAUGCAGGACUACAACAAGGAGUUGAAACAUUACAUCAAGGUCAGGCAGGACUACAACAAGGAGUUGAAACAUUAAAUCAAGGUCAGGCAGGACUACAACAAGGAGUUGAAACAUUAAAUCAAGGUCAGGCAGGACUACAACAAGGAGUUGAAACAUUAAAUCAAGGUCAGGCAGGACUACAACAAGGAGUUGAAACAUUAAAUCAAGGUCAGGCAGGACUACAACAAGGAGUUGAAACAUUAAAUCAAGGUCAGGCAGGACUACAACAAGGAGUUGAAACAUUAAAUCAAGGUCAGGCAGGACUACAACAAGGAGUUGAAACAUUAAAUCAAGGUCAGGCAGGACUACAACAAGGAGUUGAAACAUUAAAUCAAGGUCAGGCAGGACUACAACAAGGAGUUGAAACAUUAAAUCAAGGUCAGGCAGGACUACAACAAGGAGUUGAAACAUUAAAUCAAGGUCAGGCAGGACUACAACAAGGAGUUGAAACAUUAAAUCAAGGUCAGGCAGGACUACAACAAGGAGUUGAAACAUUAAAUCAAGGUCAGGCAGGACUACAACAAGGAGUUGAAACAUUAAAUCAAGGUCAGGCAGGACUACAACAAGGAGUUGAAACAUUAAAUCAAGGUCAGGCAGGACUACAACAAGGAGUUGAAACAUUAAAUCAAGGUCAGGCAGGACUACAACAAGGAGUUGAAACAUUAAAUCAAGGUCAGGCAGGACUACAACAAGGAGUUGAAACAUUAAAUCAAGGUCAGGCAGGACUACAACAAGGAGUUGAAACAUUAAAUCAAGGUCAGGCAGGACUACAACAAGGAGUUGAAACAUUAAAUCAAGGUCAGGCAGGACUACAACAAGGAGUUGAAACAUUAAAUCAAGGUCAGGCAGGACUACAACAAGGAGUUGAAACAUUAAAUCAAGGUCAGGCAGGACUACAACAAGGAGUGUUACAGAAGAUUUCUGCAAAGGCGUGGUUACCUUUCAAGAUGUCCUUGGGUCAGUGA